UAAGCCCCAUACUUUACAUAAAACCUUGAAACUCGUACCCAGUCUACAAUUAUCUUCAAUGUUCAUUAUUCAUUAAACGUAUGACAACAGGAUCAUUUGCGUUAAUAAGUCUAAAAACUCCUCACACACAGAACAAACCUCAUUCCGGAAAUAAAACCUCCAUCAAUCCCUAAAAACACUCCAUAUCGCUUUAAACGGAAGCUUACUGACCGCACCAGAAAAACUGUGAAACCAACACCCAACACAUUCACCGCCAGUUCCAACCAUGAACACCAAACUCGUCCUCCUCCUCCAGGUGGUCCUCCUCGUGGACGCCUCGUCUCGUUCCCGCUACAGCCACCGCACCCACGAAGCCGUCAAGCAACCCGACAGCUUCGACUGCAUGUUCAACAUCUGCGAAAGCGACCCUCACUACCCCGAGGAGGCCGUGAAACGCAUCGUCAACCAGCACCGCUCUUUCCACUCCUUCCUCACCGGGAGGGUCAUCGAGCCCAUCCAGGGCGUCUCGAUUUCCACGCGCUCGCACAAAGAGUCCAAGCCGUUCUGUAAGAUGGUGGACGUCCAGGUGACCCCGAAGAUGAUGACGGACGUGGAGAACGUGAAAAGGCGCAUCGUGAAUGUGAAGAACCAUAGCCAGAUUUUGAAGUUCCAGAAGUGCAACUUGGAAGGGGGCGAUCAGUGCUACGAGGAGAGGAUUUUGGAUAUUAAGACCAAGUGCGUGCAGAUGUAUAGCAAUAUUAAGCUGGUGACGGCGGAUGUUACCAACGAGGUGUUGGAGUAUCACAUCUUCAGGAUUCCGACGACCUGUGUUUGUACUUAUAUUAAGAAGUUUACUUAAGUUGAGGAAGGGCUGUUAAUUAAUUAAUUAUGAUUAGAGUGCUUGUUUUCAGAUUUUAACAGUGUAGUCUGGGUUGCAUACUUACGAGAAAAAUGAAUUGGUGUAUUUUGGGUUGCAUACCUAAAUGAACAAUCACUAUUUCCAUUGUUAUCUCUUAUUUGGAUGUAAUAAUAGUAAUAAUAAUAAACAAAAUUGGUCGAA